AUGGCGGGCGAAGAAGAGAAUACAGAGUUCUACUUGAGAUACUAUGUUGGACAUAAGGGCAAAUUCGGUCACGAAUUCUUGGAGUUCGAGUUCAGGCCCGAUGGCAAGCUUCGAUACGCUAACAACUCCAAUUACAAAAACGAUACCAUCAUUCGCAAGGAGGUUUACCUCACUCCCGCCGUUCUUCGCGAGUGCCGCCGUAUCAUUUCCGAUAGCGAGAUUAUGAAGGAAGAUGAUAACAACUGGCCGGAACCUGACCGGGUGGGGCGUCAGGAGCUUGAAAUUGUGAUGGGGAAUGAGCAUAUCUCGUUCACAACAUCCAAGAUUGGCUCUCUUGUGGAUGUUCAAAGCAGUGCAGAUCCUGAAGGCCUCCGCAUCUUUUACUAUCUUGUUCAGGAUUUGAAGUGCUUUGUCUUCUCUCUUAUUUCACUUCACUUCAAGAUCAAGCCUAUAUAA